UGCACCUGCAGCAGAGAAAUGGAGAAAUUUUCGCCACCGAUCUAUGUGUUCUCCUUCUCCUUUUUCUUCAUCUCCUUUCCUCAAUUCCUACAAUCGCACGCUUCGUUGGAAUACAUUCGACCACCUCCGCGGAGCAUUAUAUCCACUCCCCACCGUGGUUCGGACUCCGACCCACAACAGGUUCAUGUAUCGCUCGUUGGAAUAGAUCAUGCGAGAAUUAGUUGGAUUACGGACGAUAAGAAGGUUCCUUCGAUUGUUGAAUACGGGCUAACACCAGGAAAUUAUGAGGGUUCUGCAACCGGAGAACAUGAGUGGUAUCAUUACUUCUUUUACAGCUCCGGCAAGAUCCAUCACGUCAAGAUCGGACCUUUGAAUCUGAACACCAUCUAUUAUUAUCGCUGCGGUGGAACCGGCCAGGAGUUCAGUUUCAAGACUCCUCCACCUACCUUCCCCAUUGAAUUCGCGAUUGUAGGAGAUUUAGGACAGACGGAAUGGACAGCAUCAACCCUAGCACACGUCGGCGAAGCAGACUAUGACGUGCUUUUACUCCCGGGAGAUAUAUCCUACGCUGACACCCAACAGCCCCUCUGGGACUCCUUCGGCCGCUUCGUCCAACCAUAUGCAAGCCGGCGACCCUGGAUGGUGACCCAAGGAAACCAUGAGGUUGAAACCUACCCCAUCUUCGAGCAUAAGCCUUUCAAAGCAUAUAAUGCAAGGUGGCGUAUGCCCUUCGAGGAGAGCGGCUCCACCUCCAACCUCUACUAUUCUUUCGAUGUUGCCGCCGGUGUUCACAUUAUCAUGUUGGGAUCUUACACUGAUUUUAACGCUGAUUCUGAUCAAUACAAGUGGCUCCAAGCUGACUUGGCCAAUGUCGAUAGGGUGCAAACACCCUGGCUCGUCGUUCUACUUCACGCCCCGUGGUAUAACACCAAUACUGCCCAUGAAGGCGAGGGCGAAAGCAUGAGGAAAGCCAUGGAGGGCUUAUUAUAUCAGGCCCGGGUCGACAUUGUUUUCACCGGACAUGUUCAUGCCUACGAACGCUUUACUCGAAUAUACAACAACAAGAUCAAUCAAUGCGGACCUGUGCAUGUGACCAUUGGUGAUGGAGGAAACAGAGAAGGACUUGCUUUAAUGUUCAAAGACCCUCCGUCUCCAUUGUCGUUGUUCCGGGAGGCGAGCUUUGGACAUGGCCGGCUCAGGGUAUUCAACCAAACUCAUGCUCUUUGGUCAUGGCACCGCAACAAUGAUAGAGAACCGCUAAUGGCAGACCAGGUGUGGCUUGAAAGUCUGAGCAUGUCAAGCGUGUGCAUGAAACCUUCUAUUAUAUCGACCAAAGACGAACUUUGAAGCUAA